AUGACUAAAAUCUGGAGGAUUAGCAAACGGGCUGUAUUCCAAGAGGUGGAGAAGAAUGUUUUCGUAGUAACUUUUGAAACGCAUGCAGAUAAGAACAGAAUCUUAGAAGGUAUGCCUUGGCUUUUUGAUAAUGUGUUGUUUCCCCUGCGUCCUUAUGAUGGUAGGCUGCAACCUACUCAGAUUAAGUUCGAAUCUGAGAUCUUCUGGUUACAAAUGCAUGACCUACCUCUGGGGAAGAUGACAAAGGAAUGUGGAGAGCAGAUAGGUGCCUCUGUUGGCAAGGUUUUAGAGGUGGAUGCAAUGGAUGAUGGUGUAGGGUGGGGAAGAUUUAUUCGAGUGAAAAUUAAUAUGCCUCUGUUUAAACCUAUUGCUCGUGGGAGAUUUAUUCACUCGACUGGUGGGAAGUUAUGGGUGCCUUUUCAAUAUGAGAAACUUCCAAAGAUCUGUUUCAGGUGUGGAUGGUUGGUUCAUGAUGUUGCUGGUUGUUCUAAAAGUGGACCAGGUUCGUAA